UCCAUUUGAAUUUGAAUUGGACUGGACAUCUACAUUAGGUCCAAAGUCCAUUAGUCCAUUAUUGGGAAUUGAACAAAGUCCAAUUCCAACACUGACAUUGGUGGGUGGUUUAGGAGAUGGUUAUACCUGGUAA